CGAAAUGAAGUAUGGACCGAAAUAUUAGCCAUCCAGCUGAUAACAGGGGCCACAACGUCCAAAACCAGUACGCCUCCCAAUUUCCCCCGUACCGGGUCGGGCAAAACCAACCCCAGCCACAGCAAAUCAGCUAUCCUUACACUCCGUUUCAAUACCAACGAUCGCCGCAGACGUACUUCCCCCCGCAACCUCCGCUUAUCAUGGCUCCGCAGCCUCCUCCGCCCAAGCCAAUCACAAUCCAGACCCAUGGGAUCUCGCCACUGGCUUACAAGCUGUCGCAACAAUUACCGACGCCGCCUUUCGACAAGCUGGAGCCGUCGCCCGAGUCAUUACGCCGACAGCCGACUCGACGAGCAAAGCGCAAGUCAAAAUUUACCAAGGAACAGGACCAGAUGAUCAUCGACCUUAAGAAGGCUGGAAAAUCAUGGGUGGAGAUUGCCGAGCUCGCAAAUGUGGGCACUUUUCUGGCCGCACGCAACAGAUACCAGGUCCUGAUUGGACAGCAGGGCAGUGGCAGUAACGACUGUGGGCCUGAAGACGUGAUGGAGUUGCGAAACGUGGUCGACCAAGGCGAGCUGGAAAAAAUCCGGUAUCUGGUGCGCGAGUUUGAAAAAAGUACUGGGAAGGCUGUCGACCAAAAACAGCUCCGCGAACUGUUGCGAUACUUGUUCUGGAAAAACCCCGGCUUCUUCGAUGUGGACGAGGCAUAUCUAGAGGAGCUGGUUCGGCUACAAUCGAGAACCACUUGACUCUGCACUGACACCGCUGCCUGUUCUCAUACUUUUUCUCUCCAUGUGGUUGUAAUUUUCUGCAUGCAUAAUACCACAUGCGACAGCUCGCCUAAAUAGGCAAGAAACAAGAGCGGACAUUUAAAAUAACGCACACAGUGUCAUGUUGAGUCCACAAGUGGGCAAACCGUCGCGUCGACCGGCGCGCUGGGAUUUCCACCCCACACAAAGCUGCUACAAAUUAAUUUAGCUAUUAAAACAACCACCUCUCGUACUUAUAGCCUUCCUUUUUUGCGCUCCCCAUGUCGGCCUACGCUCUUCUCCUGCUCGACAACACAUAUCUACCAGGAGUCCUUGCUGUCCGCAAGGCCCUCUCCAACACAAAUGCCCAAUUCCCCGUGAUUCUCCUUUACUCGGCCAAAAACGUCAACAAAGACACAAUUGCCUUGCUGACCGCCUACAAGCUGUUUUCGGACCUCAUCAGCAUUGACGACAACAUCCUUGUUUCCAACUCCCCCCACACACUAGAAUCUGUCCUUAAUCGGCCGGACCUGGCAUACACCCUUUCCAAAAUCAACCUAUGGCGACUGGUGGAGUACUCGAAGCUCGUUUAUCUCGACGCAGACACUUUGCCCUUGCAAAACCUAGACCAUUUGUUUGCGCGCAAUUUUGACGCUUCGCAGGUCAUGGCGGCGCCCGAUUGCGGCUGGCCGGACCUGUUCAAUUCCGGGUUUAUGGUGCUGCAACCGAACAUGACUGUAUUUCAGGAAUUGAUGGACCUGUAUGAGUCGACAGAGUCGUUUGACGGCGCCGAUCAGGGCCUGCUAAACCACUACUUCAACCCAGACCUGUACCACGGUGGCAUCUCGCGCUGGCUGCGACUGCCGUUCAUAUACAACUGCACGCUGAACUCGCACUACGAGUACUUGCCGGCUCUGCAGCGCUACUUCCACGACAUCAAGCUUUUUCAUUUCAUUGGCGCCAAGAAGCCGUGGGACCCGACCUUUGCCAGCCAGUUGCGCAGGGACCCUUCACUGUUCAAAGUUGCAGACAACAAGAACGUCUACCAAAUUUGGCAUGACGUCUAUGAAUCGAUCGAGGAAGACGCACGUUUUCGGACCGAGGCCCCUCAAAUCACCGAAGCGCCAGAUCCAGACCGUGUUGAGGCUGUUGAAGCUGCAGUGGAACCCCAACCACCGCCACCCGUUGUUCACCACCAAUACUACUACAAGGAGCCGGAAUCGGAGCCAGAAAAGUACGAGGAGAACCGAGGAGAAGCCUGGAAGCUGAACGAGUCGCGGGGACCAAACAAAUGGGAGGACGCUAGCUUGUCGGAGGAGGAAAAUGACACCAGAGAGCUGGUCCACUCGCUUUCGCAAUUGGACGUUGAAAGCCCGCAGGACGACUACGCAAGUACACACCCGAUCUUCCCGUGGGAGAAAUCUGCCGCAAGACAGAAGCCUACACGCUCGUUUAGUGCAAGAACGUCGUUGCCCUCGUCGCUGACCAAAAUCCCGUUUACGGCCGCCUUCGACGACGGCUCGGAGCUGGAAAACUACAUUGCCAGCAGAGACCAGGCCGAGCGGCCAGAGUCGUUGCAGGAGAUCAAGCAGGACGAACAGCUGGACGAGCAGGAGUCUCAAGAGCUGGGACAUUUAGCACCUUAACUUUAAUUAUUCUCACUAGAAAAAAAUUGCACUUUCAAGACAUUUGAGGAAUUCCUCCCACCAUGGACGGGCCAGGGCCGGGCGCAGGGGCCGGAACAGGGCCCUGCGGCUGGUACUGCGUGUUUCUUGCCCCCACGUUCUCUCUGAGAGCGGUGAGCUGCUUGGUUCUGAAACUCUCGUAGUGGACGUAGGCAGUGGUCUCGAUCAGGUCGUGGAGAUGUGUCCUGGUCAGGAAGUCUCUCAGAUAGACAAACUCGCACUGAGUGACGUCCUCGACGUUGAUGAGACCCCACUUGGUUCUUCUCCCGCGAAUAACCUCCCCGGAUGGAGUGGUGAUGAUGUUCUCGGAGCCAAUAAUGGCAAAAGGCAAGAGCGACUGGAUGUCGCUGUUCAAUUGUCUCUCUUCGGCAGUGAGGCCGUCCUCGCCCAGGCUGAACUCGUACGGAUACAUUCUGAAGUUGUAGUAUUUGAACUGUUCCUGCAGAACGGACUUGAGGUUGGCUCUUUCCUCCAGGGUCAAGGUGUCUGCCUUGGCGAUCACCGGCACCACGUUGGAGACCUCUGUCAAUUUUCUCAACGCAAUGAUGUCCAGUUUCUUGAGCCCGUAGUUCGUCGGCUCGAUGAAGUAGAGAAUGCAGUGGACUCUAGUGUCUUUGAUGUAUGUUUCUCUCGUGGCGUUCAGUUCUUUUCUAAGGUACUGGUUCUGCUGGUCCUUGAUGUACUUUAGAAUCGGCUCCCAGCACUUUUCGUUGUUCACUUGGUCGCCAAAUCCUGGCGUGUCGAUCACGUUCAGGGCCAGCUUGACGUUAUUCUCCACCAGAGUCUGAGACGUAACCUUCACCUCGCAGGUCUUGUCGACCGGCUCGUAGAUCGUUUUUCUGCCGCUCGAGUCAAUCACAUGCUGUGCAAACAGCGUGUUGACCAGCGUGCUCUUUCCCAGGCCAGAGUGGCCAACAACCAUAACAUUCAGCGUGAAGCCCCGUUUAAGAAGUCUGUUUUCGAUCUGCGUGGUGAUCGUGUCGAAUCCGACGUAGGAUUUCGGCUGCAGCAGAGAAGCGGCAUCGGAG